CCCACUUCCCUACCAUCAAAUCUUUUCUCUGUGAAAUCUUUUGCUUCCCCCACAAAGAAAGAUGAUCAAGGAGGAGCAUGAGGUGGCCAUGCUGGGGGCGCCCCAGCAUAGGGGAGCCCCUGUGACCUCCACCGUGAUCAACAUCCAGCCUGAGAUCCCCUCGGAGCCCGACCAUGUCGUCUGGUCUCUGUUCAACACCCUCUUCAUGAACGUCUGCUGCCUGGGCUUCCUGGCUUUCGCCUACUCUGUGAAGUCUAGGGACAGGAAGAUGGUUGGCGACAUGAUUGGGGCCCGGAGCUAUGCGUCCACCGCCAAGUGCCUGAACAUCAGCGCCCUGAUCCUGGGCAUCCUCUUCAACAUUGGAAUCAUCGUCGCUGUGGUGUUUGCUGCCUUAUUGUUUUCCAAAAUAUACUACCAAAGUGUGCAUAAGGGUGGAGGCCUCUAGAAUCUCCCCACCGUCUGAUG